GGGAAAUGACUGUCAUGCGUUGUAAGAGGUUUUCUUAUCAGCGCCACUCCGCCGGAUGAUAACUUCAUAAAUCAUAUCAAUAAUCAACCAAAAGACGCAUCAGUAAAGUCCGUCGGUAGGAGGGAACAGAAGACUUCAGGUAGACUUGCCGAACACACAGGGCGCGGAUUAAACGGCACGGACGUGGAUCACAAGACCACCGAAGGACCUCUGAUACAUGCCAGGACCCAUCGGCGAUUGUUGUGUUGAAACUUUGAUUUCAUUAACGACCUAAAAAACAACAACAAUGGAGAUGACACAAGAGGCGAUCCUGUCCUUACUAACGACAGAGGGAGGGAAAGUGAAGAAUUGCGACAUCCUGGGUAAGUUCAAAGGUUUCCUGAGCUGCGCUGAUCCUGCGGAGAAGAAACUCAACCGGGAGCUCUUCAAGCGCUUCAUCAACAACGUGGCGGUUGUGAAGGAAAUCGACCAAGUCAAAUACGUUGUCCUCAAGAAAAAGUAUCACUAUUUGCUUGGGGGAAACCACAACGCGCAACAGCACCACACCGUGAGAAGUGAGGACGCAGGACCCUCUGAUCAUGUCCAAACACCGGACACAUCAGGUGUCACUGAAGGUAAAUGCAGGGGGAAUAUUGAACCACGCGCUGCUGCCCAAUUUCAGUUUUUACUAGCAGACUCAUUGCAGAGCAGCAACCUCGGGGAUCUCAAACUCAAACGAGCGAUGACUUUUGGCAUUGUGCAUAGUUCGAACACACGUGAAGAUAAUGCCCUGGGAGAUGCAGCCUACGUAAGCAAAGCUCACACCACCACCCAACACAACAAGCCCUACGCCUUGCCUUUGAGGAUGCCACCAAGCACCACCAGGAUUGAGAUCCACAAGCUGAAGGGUGGCUUUGACAACCCCGCUAAGAAGCCAGAGCCGGACCUUUACGUCUACGGUUCCUUCGGAAACCGGAGAGCGCCUUUGGUGGAGUGCGUGAGCGCUGGCUCGCCUCGGCUGGGGAGGUCGGCGAAGACCACCAAGGCGCCUGAGGAGCACAAGGAAACUAAGUUCACCUCCCUGGUUCCCUUGGAGCCGUCUGAGCACCAGUGGCUGGUCACGUCAGCAGCGGGCCACUGGAGCCAAGUUUACGGCCUGCUGCUGAAGGAUAACCAGCUGGCUGAGAAGAGGGACUUCAUGUCAGGGUUCACCGCUCUCCACUGGGCAGCCAAGUGCGGGAAUAGCAAAAUGCUGGCAAAGAUCAUCGAGAUAUCCACAAAAGGAGGCGUUGACAUUGACAUAAACGCCAAAACACACGGGGGCUACACUCCGUUACACAUCGCCGCAUUGCAUGGCCAGGAGUUUGUCCUUGGGAUGCUGGUGGAUGAGUACAGGGCAGACGUAAACAUAAGGGACAACUGCGGGAAGAAGGCCUACCACUACCUCCACAAGGGGACUUCGGCGAGAGUCAAAGAGCUCCUCGGUGAACCCCAAGUCCAGCAGGUUCUGGAGAGCGCGCCGCAGGAAAAGGAGGAGCUGGAUUUGUUCCCAGACCUCUCCAAGGGCUUGCAUACAAUAAGUCGUCUCUUCCAGCCCCACGCGACAGGGUACAAGAAGAAGCACAAGCAGAGGCCUGGGUUUUACUCCCUGGGUGAAGAGGCAAGAGAGGAGACGGAGGAGAACGGGUCCAGACACAAAGUUGUGUCAGAUGUUUUCACGUGAUGCCGCAACUCCUUUCCGUUGUCUCGUUUCCAUGACCGGAAAUAUAUUGUUGUAAUAACUCUUGGCCAUGAUUUUUUUUCAUUUUUAUCUAAAUGUCCCCUAGACGAUGAAUUAGGGAUUUUAUUUAAAUGCACUUGAUCUUCCUCUGGAUUGAACCUUAAUGAGGGGAAGUCGAAUCAAGUUAAAUGACAUGUUAUGGGGACUCUUGUGGUGCUGCAUCAAUCAAUGAUUACCGCCUUCGUUCUGAUUUUAGCAGUGACACAAUUUAAUUUUUACGUGCAAAAUUUUGCUGCGAUAACUAUGAUGUAAUCUGCUAAGAUGAGGGGUUUUUUCGGAUUCUCAAGUGCAGUUUGUUUAUUUAGCCACUGCUCAAUUUCAGUCAGUCCGUUAUAUUGUUGACUGCAAAAUGACAUGCACCACGUACUUGAUUAAAA